UGAAGACUUUGAGUAUAGACUUUGCUCCUCUGGAAUUUAAAAUGAAAAAUGUUUUUUCAAGUUUUUCUUUAUUUUGCCAGCAAUAUUCCUACUAUUGCUCUGGGUUUCCUUUCUGUGAUAGUACACCGGAUCACAGUUUUAUGGAAAUUCCUGGAAAAUACCCCUCAGAAAGGAAUCAUCGUCAGUAAGCAGAGGAACCUUCCGUGUAUCGCACCACUGUUCACUACAGUGGAGGAGACUCCACAGUUUAUCAUGGCUCAAGUACAAGGACAUUUUCCUCAGUGGCUCAAUGGCUCUUUACUUCGAGUUGGACCUGGAAAAUUUGAGUUUGGGAAGGAUAAGUAUAAUCACUGGUUUGAUGGAAUGGCUCUGCUUCAUCAGUUUAGGCUGGGGAAGGGCACAGUGACAUAUAGAAGUAAAUUCCUCCAGAGCGAUACAUUUAAAGCCAACAGUGCACACAAUCGAAUUGUGAUCUCAGAAUUUGGCACACUUGCUGUCCCUGAUCCAUGCAAGAAUAUUUUUGAACGUUUUGUGUCAAAGUUUGAGAUGCCUGCAAUAACUGACAACACCAGUGUUAACUAUGUGCAUUACAAAGGUGAUUACUAUGUUAGUACUGAGACCAACUUUAUGAAUAAAGUAGACAUCGAAACCCUGGAAAGAACUGAAAAGGUGGAGUGGAGUAAAUUUAUUGCUGUGAAUGGAGCAACUGCACAUCCUCAUUAUGACCCAGAUGGGACAGCAUACAACAUGGGAAACUCCUAUGGCCCACAUGGGUCUUGUUAUAAUGUUAUUCGGAUUCCUCCAGAGAAGGUGGACCUUGGUGAGCAACUUUGUGGAGCUCAGGUGAUAUGUUCUUUUGCUUCUGAAGAGAGGAUGAAGCCUUCCUACUACCAUAGUUUUGGAAUGACAAGAAACUACAUAAUCUUCAUUGAACAACCUCUGAAGAUGCAUCUGGGGAAAAUCAUCACUUCUAAAAUUCGGGGGAAGGCCUUUUCAGAUGGAAUAAGGUGGGAACCCCAGUAUAAUACACGGUUUCAUGUGGUGGAUAAACACACUGGACAGCUUCUUCCAGUGAUGUACUAUGGCAAGCCUUUUGUUACUUUUCAUCAAAUCAAUGCCUUUGAAGACCAAGACUGUAUUGUACUUGAUUUGUGCUGUCAAGAUGAUGGAAAAAGCAUAGAUGUUUAUCAGUUACAGAAUCUUAGGAAAGCUGGGGAAGGGCUUGAUCAGGUCUAUAAUUCAUUAGCCAGAUCUUUUCCUCGAAGAUUUGUGUUGCCCUUAAACAUCAGUCCGAAUGCCCCUCAGGGAGAGAACCUCAGCUCACUGUCUUAUUCCUCAGCCAGUGCUGUGAAGCAGGCUGAUGGAAAGGUAUGGUGUUCUUAUGAAAAUCUACAUCCUGAGGACCUAGAGGCAGAAGGAGGCAUUGAAUUCCCCCAGAUCAAUUAUGGUCAUUUCAAUGGCAAAAAGUAUAAUUUCUUCUAUGGCUGUGGCUUUCAGCAUUUGGUGGGAGAUUCUCUGAUAAAAGUUGAUGUUGUGCACAAGACACUGAAGGUUUGGAGAAAAGAUGGCUUUUAUCCCUCCGAACCUGUUUUUGUUCCAAUACCUGGAGCCAGUGAGGAAGAUGGUGGUGUUAUUCUUUCUGUGGUUAUCACCCCCAACCAUAAUGAAAGAAAUUUUCUCCUAGUCUUGGAUGUGAAGAACUUUGAAGAGUUGGGUCGAGCAGAGGUACCAGUGCAAAUGCCUUAUGGAUUCCAUGGCACCUUUGUAACUAGCUGAUGGUCAACCACUGAGUCUG